CGUGCUCUCGCGAGAUUCGAAGUCAUGAAAGAAUACGGUGCGCCUCGACUCCCGCGACUCCCGUGCCUGACUGUUGCAGCGGUUUGGUGAAAAGCGCGACCAUGACCGAAGAAAACGCUAGGUGCAGCGUAUCCGUCUGUUACAUCCCGAUCCAGGACAGCUAUGCUUCUGCCGGCCUGGUGUCCUUCGUUGCCGGGCUUUCGAGCUCCGUCUGCGUAAGAGGCUCGCAUAGGCACUGGGUCAUCAUUUUUGACCAUGGCGACGACCUGAUGAUUCUAUAUGAAGCGGACAAGGAUAACAUGACUGGCAACCUGACGGGAAGGAUCUCCUGGAAGUCCAGAACCUCCGUCGAGGAUAUCUACCGCCACAGGACUUACCUCGGCAAUCACGUCAUUCCCAAAGCAAGGAUACAAGCAGCCGUCCAAAUGAUGUCCAAGGCUGGCCCUUAUGACAUCACCAAGAACAACUGCCAGACCUGGGCCAAGCAACUGCUGCGCAAGCUGGCUGUGGAACCCCAGGUCGAGUUGGACGCCGAAGAGGUCAUCCGUGAAGUUUUCGAUCCCGCCACGGUGUCCCUCUUGCUCACCUGUGGACUGGCCAUGUCAGCUUUGAUCCUGACCCCUAAGUGCGACAAUGGCCCCAUUGAAGAGCUCUUCACGAGGUGCACCUAGCUGGAAGCGGGCCAGCGGGCUGACUGCCCGGUUUAAGGGCUGCCUCGCUCGGUUGAGCUGAACGCUCUGCUGGGCCCCAGACCUGUCGCUGACAAGGUGCCAGCUCUUCCGCCGCACGAAACUCUUCCACCGGUCAUGGCGCCGCAGUAAGAUACACAA